AUGAAACAGAAACCAUGAUGAGCCCUACCUCCAUACUUAACAGCAAUCCUUUCUCCGGUUUCAAGAACCCUUUUUGGUUCGAAACAAACAGCCCUAAAACCCCAGGAGGUGAACACAAGCGUCACUGGGACAGACUAGAUUCUAAAGGUGUUGGUCUUGGCCUAGUGCAUGCUCUUGUCGACGAAGAGAAACAGAUUGAAGUGAGUUCGAAACAUGAGAGUCGAAUGGUUGUUUUUGGAUCUCAGCUUAAGAUUCAGAUUCCUCCACUGUCUACAACUGAAUCAUCCAAAUUUGUAGCAGAGAAGGGAAAUUUUUCCCAUGGGAGUCUGUGUAUGGGAAAAUCUGCAUCAGGAGGUGCUAAUUCUCAGCGGAUGUUUAUGGGAUGUUUCUCUGCCAACGAAAUGGAACUCUCUGAGGAUUACACUCGUAUGAUUUCUGUUAAGAGCUCGACAAGUAUAUCGAAUCGUAUCAAGUAAUAAUAAAUGGUAACACCAAGUAUCGUUUCCCAAGAUACU